AUGGAAAAAACAGGGAAAAUUACUAUGAUGUGCAUAUAUUGUGACAAACCUGUUAGGGGAGGUGGGAUUAAUCGAUUUAAGUAUCACUCGGCUGGAAAAGGAGGAGAUGUUGAGAAGUGCAAAAAGGUUCCACCUGCUGUAGCUCAUCAAUUUGGGCAAAAUAUUGAAGAAUUUAUGAAUAAGAAAAGGAAAACUCAAGAAAAUUAUGCAGAAAGUUAUGGAGCAUUUGAUGAUGUUGAAAGAGAAUUUGAUAGAAUGGAAGAGGUUGAAGCACGACAGCAACAACUCCAACAUUCAGGGACAAGGUUGCCACCACCUGCAGCUAGGAAAGGGAAAAAGACUACUGGAAUAGAGACUUUUUUCCCAUCUUCAACAACACCUGGAGCCCAACCAAUGAUAAAAAGUGUAUUGCAAAGUAAAGAAAUUGUGGAAAAAUGUGACAUUGCCAUUGCAAAGUGGAUGGUUGAUGCUUAUGUGCCAUUUCAUGCAGUUAAUUCAGCAUAUUACCAACCAAUGAUUGAUGCUAUUGCAAACAUGGGUGCAGGAUAUAAAGGUCCAAACUUUGGUAGAGUUCGUGGGUAUUUUUUGAGUAAGUUGGUGGAGGAUGUGAAAAAGAUGAUUGAACAGUAUCAUGAAAUUUGGAAGCGAACUGGAUGUACUAUCAUGGCUGAUGGAUGGACUGAUCGUUAUAGGCGCACUUUAAUUAACUUCUUGGUUUAUUGUCCUAAAGGAACUAUCUUCCUAAAGUCUGUUGAUGCUUCUCAUGCCUCCAAGACUGCUGAAUUAUUGUUUAAGCUUUUUAAGGAUGUUGUCAACUUUGUCGGUCCUGAAAAUGUUGUUCAUAUAGUGACGGACAAUACUGCAAAAUAUGUUGCUAUUGGAAGGUUGUUGGAAGCUGAAUUCCCUAAGUUGUAUUGGUCUCCUUGUGCUGCGCAUUGUACUAAUUUGAUGUUGCAAGAUAUUGGAAAGUUGAAUGAAGUUAGUGAGACAGUUUCACAUGCUUCAAAGAUUACUAAAUACAUAUAUAAUCAUUGUCAUCCACUGUAUCUUAUGAGGAAGUUUACCAGUGGAUGA